GGAGGGGAGUGUAGGAGAGGGUGGAAGAAAAAAAAAAAAGCAUUCCCAUUACUUUCUUCCCUUCUUUAUUUCUUUUUUUAGACCAAGAGUUAUUCACUAGGCUGUAAGAUGAAGUGUAUUAUCGGAAUAGGCGGUGUGACCAAUGGUGGGAAAACCACCCUGACCAAAAGGCUUGUGAAGAUCUUGCCAAACUGUUGUGUAAUACAUCAAGAUGAUUUUUUCAAGCCCCAAGAUCAAAUAGAGGUCGGGGAGGACGGCUUUAGACAGUGGGAUGUGAUCACAGCCCUGGACAUGGAGGCCAUGGUGAACACUGUAAAAGGCUGGAUUGAGAACCCAGUGAAGUUCGCUCGCUCUCAUGGCGUGACCCUGUCGCCCUUAACCGACGGGUCCGACCCUGAGAAAGAGCUCCACAUACUCAUUGUGGAAGGCUUUCUUCUCUAUAAUUACAAACCUUUGGUUGAAAUCUUUGACAAGUCCUAUUAUGUGACCAUUCCAUACGAAGAGUGCAAAAGGAGAAGAAGCACAAGAACCUACACAGUUCCUGACCCUCCUGGUCUGUUUGAUGGCCACGUCUGGCCCAUGUACUUGAAACACAGGAAAGAGAUGGAGAGCUACUGCAUACCAAUUCAAUAUCUAAAUGGCACAACAUCGAAGGACGAGCUCUACAACCAGGUUUAUGAGGAUCUUCAGAACGACCUGCUCAAUAAGUUAUAGCACAGCCAAACCACCGGGGGUUGCUUGUGUACAGAACUGUAAAUAGUAAAUUAAGAGAAAAUCAGUUCUACCUUGUAAAUAUUAUAAUGGAAACAUGACUUAUUUUAGAUGUGACAACAUUUUUUUAAUACUCUACUGUAUGAAGCUUUUUUUGUUUUAUAUAAAAGGCAUCUAUGGCUGCUGGGAUAUAGAUGAAUGGCUGUAUAGCAUGGGUGGCUGUUGAGUUUAACAAUUUUGAACAAAUGAAAAAAAAAACUUUCACAAUGGAAUAAGACAUUGGAUUUAC